AUGAAGACCUCCAAGUCUCAAGACGACGAACCAGCCACGGUCGUCUCCAACUGUGCGUGUGGCAAAGUGUCUGUACGAGUCCAGAUACCCUCUCAGCAAGAGGAUGGUUCCGUCACGGCAGUGGAUUGCCAUUGCCCUGCCUGUCGCAAGUUUCAUGUGGCAGCCUUCGGCAGCUACCUAAAGGUACCGGCCGAAUCUGUUCAGUUGGGAAACGUGGAAGACUUGCAAAGUUAUACGGAAACCUGUCACGAAGUGGGCCCUGUCGAACGUCUCUUUUGUCGGCACUGCUACACCAAAGUAGCCACCAAACCACAAUCUGCAGAAUCAGACAAUAGUCCUGCAACCAUGCUCGUCAACAUGGGCGGACUGGUCGACAAGACCAUCCCCAAGGCAUACCAAAAAGCAUGGAGUCACGAACGCACCGUUUGGCAACCAUCCUCGGAAGCUACCUGGACAAACGCCAAACCAAGGAAAAGACGAGGCAACCAAAUGCCCCCACUAUUAACGACAUCGACGGGAAGUUGUUCUUGUGGCAAGUGCCAGUACCAAAUUCAUCAUGUCCCCUAUGAAAUGCAACAUUGCUACUGCAAACUCUGUCGGCAGCUGUGUGGCUCGGCCUAUCAAAGUUGGAUCCCCGUCAUGAACGAAGAUAUCGUCUGGAACACAACAACAAAUGAAGGGCCGAUACUAAAACGAACCACGGAGCAUGGGAAACGGCAUUUUUGUACCACGUGUGGAAGCUGCUUGACCAUUGUCUACGACGAACAGCCAGAUUGUACGUGGCCGGCCGCGGGAGGAUUGGACGAUGCAUCGUUACCAUCGACUACAGAAGAUAUGAACCUGUAUUUGGAACGAGUUUGUCACAUUUGUUGCAUCUGGAAACAAUCCUGGUACGCGCUGCCCAGUGAUGGCAUGGAGCGAAUCAAGUAUGCUUGCUAG